AUGCUCGCCCUCGCCUACCUUGGUGUUGGGAUUGGGGUCUACGUGGUCUACUCCCUUGCAAAGACCUUCUACGACUGGUACCGUCUGCGACACAUUCCGGGUCCCUUCUCUGCCGGUUUCUCCAAAGGAUGGCUCCUCAAACACACCUGGGAUGGUUCCAUGUACAUCGAGUCUGCGCAACAAUGCUUCAAAUACGGUCCUCUGGUUCGCAUCGGACCGAACGACCUCAUCACAUCUGAUCCCGAGAUCCUCAAGACAAUGGGUGCGGCGAGAUCUCCGUACCGUAGGUCUGACUGGUAUGAUGCCCUGCGAGUCGAUCGCGAUAACAUCCUCUCCGAGCGAAAUGAGGAGAGACAUGCCAUGCUUCGUGCCAAAAUGGCCCCUGGGUAUGCUGGUAAGGAAAACCCUACCCUCGAGCAGUCAAUCGACGAUUGUAUCGCAAAACUUGUCGACCUUAUCGAACGCAACUAUAUCUCCACCCCGGAAGAAUUUAGACCCAUGGACUUCGCGCGCAAGGCGCAAUAUUUGACACUGGACAUUCUGUCUGCCAUUGCCUUUGGAGGAGCAUUCGGAUUUCUCGACAAGGACGAGGAUGUGUUCCACUAUAUCCAGACCACCGAAAGCACCAUUCCGGCCAUGAUCCUGUGUGCCGCGUUUCCAGGCUUGUCCAAGGUCUUCCAGUCGCCCCUCAUGAAGUUCUUGAUGCCGAAGGACACGGAUGCAUAUGGUCUGGGCAAGAUCAUGGGAGUGGCAAAGGGAGUGGUCGCCGAAAGAUUCCAACCCGAAUCAAAACCACGUAUGGACAUGUUGGGGUCUUUUCUUCGACAUGGCCUCUCACGCGAAGACGCCGAAACUGAGACCAUGGUCCAGAUCCUCGCCGGCAGCGACACCACAGCGUCAGCGAUACGUGCGACGAUGCUUCAUAUUCUCACGAAUCCACCGGUUCUGGCAAAACUGUUGGCUGAGCUCUCGUCUUCCCACAUAUCCGAUCCCAUCCAGGACGCCGAAGCCCGCAAGUUGCCGUACCUCCAAGCCGUGAUCAAAGAAGGCUUACGCAUUCACCCGCCCGUUACAGGGCUCCAGUCGAAAUGCGUGCCGCCGGGGGGGGACACCCUCCAUGGAUAUUAUGUCCCAGGAGGAACGAAGAUCGGAUCCUGUGCAUUCGGACUGUUCCUCGACGAAGGGUUGUGGGGGCCUGAUGCUAAGGUAUUCCGGCCCGAGCGAUUCCUGGAAGGCACGCCCGAGGAGAUCAAGCGCAAGGAGGCCAACGUCGACAUGGUGUUUGGCUAUGGGAGAUCGUCGUGUCUCGGGAAGAGCAUUGCGUUCAUCGAGCUCAACAAGGUGUUCGCACAGCUGCUUCGAAAGUUCGAGUUCACCAUUGUCGACCCACAGCACCCGUGGAAAUCCUUUAGUGCAGGCCUUCCAAACCCAGGAUACUUUCCGUAUGACACGUUGGAAGCAUCAACGGCGCUUCCCGACCGAUUCAAGCCCACGCCCAACAAGCCUGUCGAUCCCCCAGCCUCCGCAGCUGCAAAGCCAUCUCUAUCAGAAGCUCCGACGGCCUCGCGGGUCCUUGUGCCUCACGAUUCAGCUGAACCGAACCUCCUGCGCAAGAUCGAUUUGACCACUGCCCUGCAAUAUGGUACCGCCCAAGGAUAUCCUCCCCUCUACAGUUUUAUACGAGCCUUUACGCAGAGGCAUCUUCAUCCCAAUGUGCCUUAUAAGGACGGACCGGAGGUGAUUUUGACGUGUGGCUCGACCGAUGGCUUUUCGAAAGCGAUUGAAUGCUUCAGCAACAUCUGGGACGAGGAAAGAGAUUGGAUCCGAGAACGGGAGGGUAUACUUUGCGAAGAGUUUGCAUAUAUGAAUGCCAUCCAAGCUGCCAAACCCCGUGGGCUCAAUGUGGUCCCGGUGACCAUCGACGACGAAGGGAUGACGGCUUAUGGAAAAGGCGGGCUGGAAGACGUCCUUGUGAGCUGGGACAAGAACAAGGGUAAGAGACCACAUUUGAUGUAUACUGUAACGAUGGGCCAGAAUCCAACCUCUGGACUACUGUCGUUGAAAAGGCGCAAGGAAAUUUAUGCCCUGUGUCAAAAAUACGACAUCAUCAUUAUCGAAGAUGACCCGUACUGGUACUUGCAAUAUCCCUCCGCAAACGAGAUGUCCAUGAAGACUCGGGGUAAACCUGUGUCGGAGAACUUCCCGUCGGACAGCUCUUACAAUUACAACACGGCCUCCGGGGGCAAAUCCGGCGGGUUUCCGUUCUUGGAUAGCCUUGUCCCUUCAUACCUCUCCGUCGACGUCGAUGGGAGAGUCGUGCGACUGGACACUUUCAGCAAGACGGUUGCUCCGGGCUGCCGGUUAGGCUGGAUCACAGCUCAGCCGGACGUGGUGGACAGGAUCCUGCGUAUCACCGAGACGAGCACUCAGCAACCUAGCGGAUUUGUUCAGAGCAUGAUCGCGGAACUCAUCAUUGGACCCUCGGCAGACGGUGAUCCCGGCAAGGGAGGCAGCAAAGACGGCAGUGGAUGGAAGGCGGACGGCUGGGUUCGAUGGCUCGAGGGGUUACGGGGCAACUAUGAACGACGGAUGCAGGUCAUGGCGUCGACGCUCGAGGAGGGAAAAUACUUGAUUCAAGAUUCGAAGCCAAAAUCCAACGUCUUUGCACCCGACGACAUGGAAUACGAGGUGGUGCACAAGACGCAGAUGUACGACUUUGACUACCCAAUGGCUGGCAUGUUCCUCUGGCUGCAUGCACGGUUCGAGACCCACCCUCUCUUCAAUGAGGUCGACCAUGCACGACUUUCUCAGGCGCUUUGGAUUUUGUUUACUACCGACCCGUACCUCGUCUUACUUUCUCCGGGAACCAUGUUCUGCCCCACGCCCGAGAUCAUGAAAGAGAAAGGGUGGCAAUAUUUCAGACUCUGCUUUGCCGCGGUGGAUGAGGAUGUCGUCCAGAAGCACACGGAAAACAUCGUGGCCGCUUUCCGACACUUCUGGACCAUUGACGACGUGAAGGUGAUCGACAAGCUCCUGGAAGAGGACGACGAUGCACAGGAGAGGUUUGCCCAGCUGGCGAUUCAAAACCAGGGGUCAUUUGCUGUGAACCCGAUUAUGUGUUGA